GUGAAACACAGGUGGUUGUACUGCAGUCCCGAACAGCAAGGUGAUUUUUGAGCUGCUGUGCCUUGUGGUGAAAUCAUGUUCAGCUCUGCCUUCAAAGCUGAUCGCCUUCAGGUCAACUUGCAACUGGUUGUCAAUCGCCUAAAACUCCUGGAAAAAAAGAAAACUGAACAGGUGCAGAAAGCAAGAAAGGAGGUUGCUGACUAUCUGGCUGCUGGGAAAGAAGAACGAGCUGGGAUCCGAGUGGAGCACAUCAUCCGAGAAGACUACCUCGUGGAAGCCAUGGAGAUCCUGGAGCUGUACUGUGACCUGCUGCUGGCCCGGUUUAGCUUGAUCCAGGCCACAAAAAAAUUGGAUUCAUGUCUGGCUGAAUCUGUAUCUACAUUGAUCUGGGCAGCUCCUCGCCUCCAGUCAGAGGUGCCUGAGUUGAAAAUAGUCUCUAGUCAGCUGUGUGCAAAGUACAGUCAAGAAUAUGGUCAACUGUGCCGAACCAAUGAGAUUGGAACUGUCAGCUCUCAGCUAAUGUGUAAAUUAAAUGUGAGCACUCUAUCCCAGGUUUUAGUGGAACGGUACCUGAUAGAAAUAGCUAAGAACUACAGUGUGCCAUAUAAGUCCAAGACAACCUUGAUGGAUGAAGCCCGAUCAGACCUGGUUGGUAUUGGACUUGCUGAGGAUGUCAAGAAAGGUACCCUUGGCAGAAGUGGAACUGUAGUAGGACCUGGUGAACCACCUGGGGCAUGGCCUGUACCUGCACCAGGGCCCUUACCUGUGCCAUCCCCGGCCCCUUGUUUCUCAUCCCUUCCUCCUGAAAGUCAGAACAAUUCCUAUAAGAAGAAUGAUUUGCUUCCUUCACCAAUUCCUAGUCUAGGACUCAUCCCUCAAACUUCUCCAAAGCCAGUAUCCAGAGUCAAGAUUGGUUUUGAUAAGUUUAUGCUGCCUGGUUUGCCUGAUGUAAAACCUCAAGGAAGCCUAUCCAUUGACCCUUGUGGUUUUGAGGAAGUUGAUUUUGAAGAUCUUAACCGGAGACUUGAAAUGCUGAAGAAAACCACAUAAUUUCUUUGUCUUGGAUUGAGUAAUUGCCUGAGAAUCAGGGCUCCUGGGCACAAAUUUAGAGGAUGGCUACCUGUGUGUGGGUCUGAAGUUUUCUUAUUUACAAUCCCUUACAUCUCUUUUCUAUGGUUCUCUGUAAUAAUGCACAUGCAUGUGUGUGUGUGCAUAUGCAUAUAAUUCUUCCUGUCCCUUAAGAUCCUGUAAUUCUUAGAUGAGAAAAUUCUGACCUAUAAAACUUUAUUAAUUAUAGUUAAUAAAUUUUAAUUUUCUCCUGGA